AUGAGCGUUGCUUCUUCUUAUAAUCCUCAAUUUCUCACUGCACCCAUGCAAUUCGAUGCCUAUAGUCUUGAGCACUGCCCCCAAUUUCAGGUUUCUGACCAACAAUGUGAAAAUAUUUCUUAUUCUGAGCACCAAUCUUCCAAGAGGCCUGGAUUUUCUAGACCAAUAUUGGAUUCAAGGAUGCCACUGAAAAGAGCGAAGAUGACUUGUACCGUUGAGACUGAAAUGUGCUUGCUAUACAGAAGGGGUAAUUGCACUUAUGGGGAUAAGUGUCACUUUGCCCAUGGAGUUGAAGAAAUCCGGAGGCUACCAUAUAAAAUGACUGACAUUGACAUUUUGACCAAUGAGGAUCACAGGAUUAUCAGUAAAAUGAAACUGUGUAGGAAGUUCUGUAAUGGAAAAGAGUGCCCAUAUGGGGAUAGAUGCCAUUUUCUUCAUGUAGGUCUCCAGAAAGUAAAGGGAGAUUUGGGUCUGUCUAGGAAGAGUGUGGAACUAAACCUUGUGACUACUGGGUCUGCAGGGGAUUGCAAAAAUGGGUAUGAACAAUGGGAAUGCCAGAUGUUUGGGAAUUCAACAAAUAGAGAUAAACAACAGGAUCAGAAGCCAAUCUAUUGGAAGACGAGGCUCUGUAACAAGUGGGAGAGAACUGGUAAUUGCCCAUAUGGCGUGAAAUGUUACUUUGCUCAUGGACAAGCAGAACUACACAAGAUUGGCUCUCACCUUGCAUUGGAAUCUGGGAAUGUUUGCCCUUCAAAAGCUCUUGCUACCCUUGCCAAUGAUGGAUCAGUCACUAAAACCAGGAUGGAAAGUGAAAAACGGCAAGUGCAAGGUAAGAAGUGCUUAUUCAAGCGUAAAGAAGUUGAGAAGAUCAAUGGCAUCUAUGCAGAUUGGGUUGAUGCUCUGCCCCUUGUGCACUGUUCAUCGGCCAAAGUGGGAAUUUGA